UCAGAUGCGCUUACUGCUAUUUCAAAGAUCUGGCAGCAGUUUUAAGACAAAGAGUAAACAAAGUAAGGGGGAUGAAGAGGGUACAACAGGACACACCUUCUCAUGCAGGGUCUGGACAGAGAAUACUGUUCACAGGACCAGACGGCAUUGGAGAUUUCCGUCCCAAAUUGGACUAUUUCCCCCGCAGCAUUGGAAUUGGCCCGUUAUCUCCGGAUGCCACGAGUGACCUCAACUACCUCUUCCGGCCUGCAGCGCACGCGACCCCGCCGUUACCGAAACACCGCUGCACCGGAGAAGUGGGCUGGGGUCUACAGUACUGCACUGCACUCAACAGGCGGACUACUGUCAUCAACCACACACUAUAUCAGGCACACUCAGCCCUGGUUUCGGGACAAGCAAACGACCUGCAGGAGGCUUGCUUGGAACCACGGCGCACAUGAUACUUACAGCAAGGAUGACAACGAACAGUUCCCGCUUAAUGAAGUGAGAUAUAUGAGAU